AUGCUAACUCUCACCCUCGUGAGCGGGAAUAGACACAAGAUCUCCGAGCUCAAUGCAAUCUUAGGAAGCUCAGCCAUCUUAAACUCAAUCGACCUCGAUCUGCCCGAGAUUCAAGGCUCCGUGGAAGAAAUCACCCGAGAGAAAUGCCGUGUGGCCGCCGAGAAGAUCUCUGGUCCGGUCCUAGUCGAGGACUCGGCGCUCGAGAUGCAUGCUUUGAAUCGCAUGCCGGGACCUUAUGUCAAAGCGUUUGUAGAUAGCGUUGGAAACGAGGGUCUCUACAAGAUGGUUGCUGCAUUUGAGGAUAAGACCGCAGAAGCCGUCUGUACCAUAGGCUAUUCCUCAGGCCCUGGGGCCGAGCCGAUCCUCUUCCAGGGGAGGCUAUUGGGCAAGAUAGUCCCUCCGAGGGGUAUCUCCUCAUUCGGGUGGGAGCCUAUAUUCGAACAUGGUGAGGAGACAUUGGCCGAGAUGGAUGUGGAAAAGAAGAAUGGACUGUCCCAUCGAUUUCACGCCGCGCAGAAGUUGAGCGAGUGGUUGAAGCAGAAUAAGCGGACAUUGUAG